CAGCAAUCCUACCAGGCGGCCAGUUACCAAACAAUGCCGGUGACCGUGAGUAUCAAUUGCAAGAUAGUGUAUCUGGCCACUAGUAUGUAUAUAGGUCACGGGGGCCAGUGGGGCGCUAUACGGUGCUGAGGGAGUGCAGGAUGUCUGUGGCAGCUGCUGACGUCUUGGUGCUGCUGAUACUGUUAAUAGCAGGAGUCUUCGGCAAACAUACUUCUCCCCCCGCACCUCGCCACAAUGGGGGUACCCUCAAACUCGCCCCCGCCAACAUGGCGCAAGCUUUCUCCUCCUGGACGCCCCGGAUGCACUGUAACAUAUGGGAGCUGAGUGGCCAGAUGGAGGGAGAUAUCAUGAUGGAAGGGUCUGGCAGGAAUGCCGUCUCAGACCCCGCCAAACUGUGGCCAGAAGCCGUGGUACCGUACUACAUCGAUACUGACGACUUCGAUAAAGAUGAAAGAAAAGUAAUCCGAGGAGCAGUGAAGAACAUAGAAGAGGAGACGUGUGUUCAGUUCAGACCUUACAAGGAUGGAGAUGAGGAUUACGUUGUGGUUAGGGGUAACAGGGACGGCUGUUGGUCAUACGUUGGACGAAAGGAGGGUGGGCAGACAUUGAACCUGAGCGAGAAGUGUGUGAGACAUGGCGUGGCAGUUCACGAGUUCCUCCAUGUGCUGGGGAUGCAUCACCAGCAGAGCUCUCACAACCGGGACGAUUUUGUAACUGUACAUUGGGAUAACAUAGAGAAAGGCCAUAAGCACAACUUUAACAAAUAUAACAGCUCUGCGGUAACGGACUACGGAGUUGGAUACGACUACAGCAGCAUCAUGCACUACAGCGCCUACGCGUUCUCCAAAAACGAGCAGAUGACGAUCACUGCCAAAGACAAGAACGCCGCGAUAGGUCAGAGGAAGAGCCUCAGCAAGAAGGAUAUCCUGAAGCUGAACACUAUGUACAACUGCAGCAGCAGCGGCAACAGCAGCAGCGGCAGCAACAGUAGCAACAAGAGUGAAGAGGACAGUGACGAGAUGUCCUCAAUAUACGAUCUGUUUUCUGGAUAAA